CAAAAUUCUAGGCACUACCUAUCCUUCUUCUCUCUAUAUCUAAGUUUUGUUCUCAUCGAUCCUUCGUCUUUCUAUCUGAAUCAAAACACAACAAUUUAAUGGGGUCUUGCAUUAGCAAAUGCAGGCCAAAGACAGUGUCUGAGGAAGAGUGUGAAAAUGUCCAAGACAAGCUUGUGAUCUCACUGGCACCCACAUCUCCUAUUUCUGUCCUUGAUAUCAAGCCUCCUUCUCCCUCUCCUUCUCAUUCUACCUCUUCCUUUUCUUCCUUUUCCUGCACUACUAGCAACACUUCUAGCUCCUGCUCGUCCUCAAGCUCAUCUUCAGUCUUGAGCUCCAAGGACAGGUCUUUUUCCAAUGAGUUCUUGUGGGCUUGUGUCAAAGAGAACCCGCAUGUGAUUUGCACAGACCCCAUCAAGGAAAGUCCCGUGAAGUCUGUGUCUGGUAAGUUUCAUGCCCCCAAAUUAGUGUCGCCGGCUAAAUCAUCAGUGGUGGUGCCUGCUAAGCAAUUGAUGCCACAAAGGGUGGUUGGGUCCACGCCGCAGAAGAGAGUUCGAGCAAGUUCGCCUGUUCUAGUGAGGCAGAAGAGCUUUAGGAGAGAACCCGAAAGACCAAAUUCUGCAUAUUCGCUUCCAAGUAGAACUUUAAGGUCAUCACCAUCUCCCAGCAGGAGAUUUGAGGGAGAUAAAUGCAGGGGGAUGUUGGCAAAUGCACCACAAGAAAGUGUUUGCAAGCGGUCCACUAGUCCAAAGGGAAAUGCAGUUAAUUCUUCACUAUCGUCUGUGAGGAAGGGAUCAGUGAAUCUCAGGCCACCUAGUCCAAACAACAAUUCAAGCCGACAUCCCCCAUGUUUGAGGAAUAGAGAGAUGGGAAGUCAGCCCAAUGUUGGUUCCAAAAUCGGUGAAAUUGCAGUAGGAGAAGUGCUGUCUAACCUAGGUAUUGACUCUCUGCCUACGGAGGACAUUGACAAUCCUCUUAUCUCCUUGGAUUGCUUCAUAUUUCUGUAGAAGUGAGUGCGCAUGCAUAUUAAUCUAUGUUGUGGUGUUUAUAA